AUGACCUGCUUCACGAUCGCUGUGCUCGUUCCACUGCACCACCCCUCGCUAACGUCAAUCCCCGAAAAACCAGUUUGGCUGGUCACCAUGUCUGCUAUGAUCGCAGCCAUCUACACGGGAUUCCAGUUCGUAGCAGCGUUGACAAUCGGCUUCCCCGUCCCAUUCUCGUACUUGACGCUCAACUUGGUGUGGCUCUCGCUCAUCCUUUCAGGCUUGUGGGCUUACAUGGGUCCUGGAUGUCGACGUAACCAAGUAAUCCGGCUUCAGCUGAAGCGCCACGGUAUAUUCGCCAACGCGGUCACCAGCCUUGCUGUGGUCUAUCCAUUAUUUUACUACGCGUUCUUGUCCGCUGGCGAAUACACUGGAGCUCAACUCGUGCUGAGCUCAUUCGCUUUACCAUUGAUCAAGAUGACGGAGAAGCAGCUUCUGUAUCACGUAACCCAGCACGCACCUGACCUUCAACCAGCUUUUGUUGCCUUCGACGUGGAGGUUUUUAACGCACUAUUCGUAUCCAGCUGCAUGCGCAACGCAACGUCGUUGGCAGUCACAAUUUCCCUUAUGGCCGCAGAUUUCCUAGGCUCCUGCAUCGCAUUGUACGGAUUGCGGAAUCUUAUGUUGCGUAUUGACGAGUUGAGCACCAAAAUGGGGAUUGGUGUCACACGGGCUAAUAUGAUCGACACGGCAGUGCUUAUUACCAUCCAGUCGCGCUAG